AUGUGUACGUCGAAGUUCGAUGUUGAAGAAGAGCAGUUUACCUUCAUGAAGGAGUAUCUUUCAAUCCAAGAGAUCGAAGCAGCCAACGAGGAGAGAGAUACGCAUACUCCGGAUGACCUCGACCCAAACAGUGACAACGAGGAAGAUGAACAAGUUAAUGAAGUUGAUCGACCCGGAGUAGUUGUGUAUGAACACCCUCCUACACAGCCACCACUCCCGCUUACCCAAGGUAGAAGACCAAGAACUUCCUUAGUAGGCAUCAAGAGAAGUGCUCAAGAAAUGAAUGGGUCAGAGGAUGAAGCUGAACCUCCUCUGCCUACUCCAGGAGACGGCAUCCAGGUGACCCGUUACUCAACGCGAGUUUCUAAGCGUCGCGAAGAGGAUAGUGAUUUUGAAUACUAUAAAUAG